GCGGCCGUGACAUGGCGGGAGCCGUGGGUGGGGAGCGGGCGUUUUUUAAGGCGCUGGCUGCGCCCCCGGCUGUGUGGUGGUUGUGGUUGCGUGUUCCCCGAGCAUGGAGUCCGCGCGUGUGGCGAUCAUCGGCAGUGGACUCAUUGGUCGCAGCUGGGCCAUGGUGUUUGCUGCUGGAGGCUUCCAAGUGAGACUUUAUGAUAUUGCACAACAACAAUUAACAACUGCACUGGAAAACAUUCGCAAACAAAUGAAAGAGCUGGAGGAGUCGGGAUUCCUGAAAGGAACUUUGAGUGCAGAGAAGCAGUUGGCUCUCAUCAGCAUCUGCACAGACCUGAAGGCUGCAUUAGAGGGUGCUACUUUCAUUCAGGAAUGUAUUCCUGAGAACCUGGAACUGAAAAAGAAGAUUUUCAGUCAGUUGGAUCUCAUUGUUGAUGACAGUGUUAUCUUGAGCAGCUCAACCUCUUGUCUCUUACCCAGCAAAUUGUUCACUGGCCUUAAACAUGUUAAGCAGUGUAUUGUGUCACAUCCUGUAAAUCCACCUUACUUUGUGCCACUGGUUGAAAUAGUUCCACAUCCAGAAACAGAUCCUUCUGUUACAGAGAGAACGUACGCUCUGAUGAAGAAGAUUGGACAAUCGCCUGUCAAAUUAAACAGAGAAAUUGAGGGCUUUGUUCUGAAUCGACUCCAGUAUGCGGUGAUAAGUGAAGCCUGGAGACUUGUGGGUGAAGGAGUAAUAUCUCCUACUGAUCUAGACAUUGUGAUGUCUGAUGGACUGGGAAUGCGAUAUGCGUUUAUUGGACCUCUGGAAACCAUGCAUCUUAAUGCAGAAGGUAUUUCGAAUUAUUGUGAAAGAUACCGUGAAGGUAUGAAACUUGUUCUAAACACCUUCGGACCGGUUCCAGAAUUUUCAGGUGAAAUUGAGCAGAAGAUCAGUCAGGCGAUGUCUGAAAAAGUUCCAGCUGUUCCAAAACACCUCGGUGCCAGAAGAGAAUGGAGAGAUGACUGUCUCAUUGGUCUUGCCAAACUGAAGAAACAAAUGAAAUCUAACUGAGGGACAGCCUGUCUUACAGGACAGACCAAAUGAAGAGUGGUUCUUCAUAAAAUGUGGAGAUUUUUGGUCAUGCAGAAGAGACCAAAUGUGCAAGCAGUGAUGUGCACAAGUGUAGAGACAAAUGAAAUAUUUGGUCCAAAUUUGUCGUGACAUAAUUAACAAAUAACUGGAAACAGCUGUUAGAAGUUCAGUUAAAACUGUAUCAGAUCAUUAUAUAUAUAUGCAUUGGAUGUGUAAGCACUAGGUAGCGUUAGCAAUAUUAAUACUGUGCAAUGCUGGAGCGCAAUCAUAUUUUAAAUAACACAUUUUUCAGCUUGCUUUGAAAUUCAGCACUUGAACAAUUAUUUGCUUAUGCAGGGAUCUGGAAUUGGCAAACAUCAGCUGUUUGUCACUGGAGAAAAUGAGCCCUCACUACCAAUCGGAGUGGCAGUGAGGUUAAUUAGUAAAGCACUGACUGCAGAUAGGAGGUUGUGCUAAGCAGAGAGCAGGUUUUUUGACCAGUGAGCUGAGACCUCAGCAGCACUAAGGGUCACUUCAGAUUAGCUCUGUAACCAUUCCACAGUGCAGGGGAGAAAAUUGUUAUCCCUGGCAGCGUUCAAGGCCAGGUUGGAUGGGGCCCUGGGCAGCCUGAUCUGGUGGUGGCAGCCCUGCCCGUUGCAGGGGGUUGGAGCUCGAUGAUCUUUAAGGUCCCUUCCAACCUAAGUCAGUGAUUCAGUGAUUACUCCUUCUUCCCCCCCUUUGGCACUUCUGUACUAGUGUGAUGACCUGAAUGUGAGUCAAUAGAUCCAUCCUCAUCCCUUCCCCCUGGUUCAGUAAGACUGACCAGACACCCGCUUGGUUCUUCAGACAAUGCACUUUGAUACCCCUUUGAGUCUUUGCCCCAACUCGAGUCAGGGGGUUGGUGCUGUCGUAGGCAUUGCUGCGCAGACGUGCUCUAGGAGGCUUGCCUGUGAGAAAUAAAGUAAUUUGAUUAAAAGCUAUUUUGGGAGUUUAUAGAGUAUAAUGGAUUUGUCUAGGCUUUCCCAAGCAACUCUACAACCUUCUUAAUUGUCUUGGGAAAUCACCUCUGUGUUCCUUGUGUCAUUAUCAGAAGCAAUGAUUGUUUACUUAGGACUCCUCUGUAGACCCCAAGUAUCUGAUACUUUGCUGCAGAGAGAGAAAGAUGCAGUGGCUUAGAUGUAGCACUUUAGCCUUAUUGCUGUCCCUCCCUCUAGGAGGAGGCACAGUGGCUGUGUAAGGAUGGAAUGUAUACCUGAAAGCAGCAGUAUCUCCAGCAGCUGCACUGGUAUGCUUCAGUCCACGUCAAGGUUGUCUUACAAAUGUACGUACCAUGUAAUACAGCUGGAUUUUGAACUUAGCUGGCACGUUGGGGCAUUAUUGUUAUGCAGAUAAUAAGAAUAACCUGUAGCAGUGCAUUGCACCCGCACUGCUUGAGUUUAGCAUUUCUGACUUUGUGCCAGCAGGUCCUGUAACUUGUGAUACAGCACAGAUUCUGAAACGUUAAGCACUCGUUUCAAUGAAGUGCUCAGGGGCAUUUCAAGGCUUGUUCUUUACGGAAGGUGCAGACACAGAAACAUGUUACUGCAGCUCAGUUAGUUACGGUGCUGAGCAGCAAGAAUGUCUGCAGGAACACACCAGUGCUGCCUCUGUGUGAUGACAACGAGCGAGACCUGAGAUAAGUUGCGUUCCCUGAUGCAUGUGGUAGGCUGAGAGCACAUCUGUUCAGCAUGGGAUGGGGGUGUGACGGUGACUUGAGAUUGUCCUACAUUAAUUUAUGAUUUGUGAAGAGAAAGGAGGAUUUUGAACUCAGUUCUAUCCCAAAAUUGAAUUAAAAUUGUCAGGUUUCUUCUAUUGCUUUUCAUUGCCACAGUGACUGGCUCAAUCCUCAUUAACCAUCUGAAGUUGGGGAGGUCAGCACCCACACUUGGUGCCUUAUUAAGCAAUAGUGAAUUAAUUUUGGGAAUGAUUUCCUUGUACUAUGGAUGUUUUUGUAUUUUGGGCUGUAGAUGAUUCCAAUUACUUUCAAGAUCGAACCUGUUUCGUUAAGAGCAUAUGGCAUUGUCAUAAUUAAUUAGCUCACAUUACUUGUGUUGAUUCUGAGAUAUUUUAAAACCUGAUUGUGUCUUGAAAGAUUUGCUUCCAUUUUUAUUAUUGCUUAUGAAUAAAAGAUUUUAAUGAGAAAG